ACAUCGUUGACGCGAGAGACGCGCACACCUAGAGUGAUAGUGUUAUAUCACUAUAAUUGUGGAAAACGUGAUGAUCGAUCAAACGAUGGAAGUCAUACUCACCCGCGAUCAGAGGACUACGUCCCAUCGGGUCCUUGACCGUACCGUGCAAAGCUAUGCACUGAACUCAACGUUGCCGCCUAAAUACCAGGAUGAUAUCGUUGCGAAUAAUCGUAGCACUGAAGCGACAAUUAAAAAAACGGCGGGAAAUAAUUGUGAUAAAAGACACUUACCAUAUAAUUCGCAUCUCAUGCCGGCGUUUUACGACGAUCGAAAAGCGCAGAAGAUUCGUACUGCAUUCAUCACGUUCGUCAGGAUAUUGUCCACGUGGCUAAGACUAUCCUGGUUGUCCAGUUGUGUAGUUGUGAUUCUACUAACGUCGUCGGUACACAGUGCUCCAAUGCCGUUCCAUGUUGACGAGUAUAUAAACUCUGACAAAAACGUAAGAAUAGGAGAGGAUAUUUACAGAAAAUUGCUUGAAACCCCCCCAUGGGUGGAACCUUGUGGUAGUGUUGUAGACUCUGAAGAUGUUUUGGAUAAAGACCUCACAGAGGCUCCGCAAAGAUAUGAUGAACUUAUGGAAAAUAUACGCCUCCUAUCGGAAAGUGCAGCAGUACGCACUAAAGAGUUCAUGAAGAUUUUUAUAGGGGACGCUUUGAAUAACUACGCCAAAAUUGGAGACACUCAACAUUACCCAUGGCUGCCUAAAUGGAACCUGGAGGAUUUCAAGAAAUUAGACUAUAAAACGGCUCUCACUACGAUGUAUGAAAAUGUACAGAUGUACAUGAUGUGUUUGGAACAGAGUAUUUGGGACCAGCAGAUCUUAGGUCUCGACCAUGUUAAGGAAUUCGUGCAUAUUGAAGUAUUAUUUCAAAGUAUUCUCUGUCAAAUACAAGAAACCAUGGUACAAUACGGAAUACCGCUGCAGAAUAUCGAGCGAAGUAGAAUGCCUUUAAUAUAUCGAGGAGAAGACAUGCGGUCUAACGCGACGUUCCGUACCUUGCGGGAUUACAUAUGGUUGCUUAACUGUAUGAACGGUAUCGAUAAUAUAGCUCAAAUAAGCCUUCACUUAAAACAAAACAUGGAUAAAAUGGAAAUGAAAACGUAAUAUGGAAGAAAACAAUGAAGACAACGAGGCCGGAAGUCGAGUAAAGGGACGUUUCCAGACGACGAUUCCCCAUCUCCUAUCUCGGAAAAUUGGCGCAACUGCAACUGGAUGCUCUACUAUUCUAAGGUGAUAGAGAGAAAGAAGGUGGUAGAUAUAUAAAAAGAGAAUUUUUUCGAUAUAUUAUUGCAUAUAUCAGAUAACAACAAUUUUAGAAAUAUGUCUCCACAGCAAAAAGCGGGUUGAUAUUAAUAUCAAUCGAUUUUAUCGAGGAAUAUCUCGCAUCAUUGACACAUUCAAUAUGUUCACCACCAUCUUCUCUCUCAAUAGUAUGAUACAAUGUGAUGCAUUAGAUAUAAUAGUAUAAAGAAAAAAAAGAGGAAAAUAAAAUUAAAAAAUCGCGUCAUCAUUAACCCAUCGACUUUCGCCGUCAUAAUUCACCAUCACAUACAUACAUAAUUAUGAUUUUGCGCGAAAAUGCAUCCCAUGACGUGUUUGUAUUUGAUUUCAUGCGCGAGAAAAAAGUAGAUAUUAAGUCGAAUCGAUCGUCCAAUGUUCAACUUAAAUGAAUCUCGAGACAACUACAUAUCACGAUUAUCCAAUAUUCUACUACGUGAUAUCUGUUAUACUCGAUACUUUCUUCUUACUAUAUUUCAAUAACAUUGAUCACGAUCAUACGAAUCAUUUAAUUUUAGUUUUUAAAUACUUAGAGACUUGAGACUUUUUAUGAUACCUCUCUACACGAAUAAUGUUGCAAAAAUCACCUGCUAUUAUGUACACGAUACACAAAAGAUUAAAGCACUCGAGAAAAGUAAGAAGUAUCACGAAAACAUAAAACAAUUAUAAAACAAUCUCAAGUCGAAUUUAGUAUGAUCAUUUAUGUAAUAUUUUGUUUAAUUAAUCCAUGUCAGUUUGGAGAUGUGGAUACUUAUCUAACAUUUCGAGUUUCUAUUUGUCCUCAAGCAACAAGCAAUGAGGUGAGAAAAACCUAGUUUAGUAGAAAAAAAUUCAUUUACGCUGUAAGUUAUAAUCGAACACAGUAUUUUCGAUCUCUUGUGAUCAAUGAAUAGAGAAAAUUGCGUGUAUAAAUUACACUGUGCACGCGACAAUAAUUUUACAUCAUUAGAAAGAUUUUUUCGCGAGCGUUUUGUGCCUCAUAAUCUUAUAUAAUAAUUUAUUGACUAACUAUAAUAUUAGU